CAUGGCGUUCCAGGGGUCCGUGACGGCGGCGCUGCGGGUGGCUGAGGUGCUGGAAACCAUCGCGAACCGCUGCGUGGGGCCCGAGGGCGGCCUGGUGUUGUGUACGAAGCCCACCGGCGAGGUGCUGCUUAGCAGGGAUGGAGGCUGCCUCCUGGAGGCGCUGCACUUAGAGCAUCCCUUAGCCAGGAUGAUAGUGGAGUGUGUUUCCAGUCACCUUAAAAAAACAGGAGAUGGUGCUAAAACAUUUCUUAUUUUUCUUUGCCAUUUACUCAGAGGACUUCGUGCAGUCGGAGGAAAAGAAAAAGAUUCACUCACUGCUAAAAGUAUUCAGAGUCAUGUAAGGCAUUGGAAAAACUGUUGUCAGUGGAAAUCUAUUUCCCAGGCUCUGCUGACGUUUCAGACACAAACGCUAGGUUGUAUUGUAGACCAAUAUUUAAGCAGGCACUACCUGUCUGUCUUUUCUUCAUCUGCUGAAGGAAGGACACUGUGCAGGCACUCCCUGGAGUUGCUCCUGGAAGCAUACUUUUGUGGACGUGUGGGAAGAAACAAUCACAGAUUCAUUUCACAGUUGAUGUGUGACUACGUUUUCAAGUGUAUGGCUUGUGAGAGUGGGGUUGAAAUAUUUGAGUUGUUGGACAACUGUUUUGUAGAGCUGAAUGUGGGCGUGACAGGCCUUCCUGUUUCAGAUUCUAGAAUCGUGGAUGGCCUUGUGCUUCCCAGAGACUUUUCUGUAUACUGCCCAGCAGAUGGUGCCAUUAAGAUGGUGAUAGUAACAGAAAUCCUCCAGCCUCUGUUUGUAUCGUCUGGCUCUGAGUUUGUUCUCAAUUCAGAAACACAGUUUCAGGCAUCUCAGUGUUGGAUUAUGGACAGGAUGAAAACAGUAAUGAAGCACUUCCGCAGUCAGAACAUCAAACUGCUCCUGUCCAGUGUGAAGCAACCAGACUUAGUUAUUUACUGUGCAAGACUAAAUAGCAUAUCAGUGGUGGACUGUUUAUCAUCUGAAGAAGUUUCCCUUGUCCAGAGGAUCACUGGUCUUUCUCCUUGUGCCCUAACAGAGGUGGCUUCACAGUGUGAAAUUUCUGAUAGUACUUUGCUGAAGUUUUGCAAACCCCUCAUCCUUAGAUCCAAAAGGUAUGUCCAUCUUGGCUUGAUUAGCACGUGUGCAUUUAUACCUCACUGUGUGGUCCUCUGUGGACCAGUUCUGGGUCUUGUUCAACAGCAUGAGAGAGCUUUCCAUGGAGCGUUUAGGAUGCUUCGGCAGCUAUUUACUGACCUUGAUCUAAAUUACAUCAUAGAAACCCAAGAGCAGUGUAACCCCGGUCCUCUUGUUUAUGACAAGAGCAGAGAGAGCACUCACUCACCAGAAACUGAUACCUAUCAGGACGUAGUAGCAAAGAACAAAACUAUAUUGGAAACUCAAACACAUUUAGAAGUAUAUUCAGGUUUGGGGGCUUCAGAUGCGGAAUUGAUAAGAGGUAAGCCAUGGUCAGCACACAAGGAGACACCCAUAGAUCCAUCCCAAACAGAUGAAAUACUGAAGUGCUUAUCUCCAGAAAAAAUCGGGAUAACUGAUAACCGUGAACUGUUCAUUGAGAAUAAUUCCACUGGAAAUCCUACAGCAGAAGACACUAGAACAGAAAUUUCUUCCGAACAUUUACAGGUCACAGAUAAUCCCGGAGAGGGGUAUAUGUCGCCAGUGACACACAAGUCGCCAGAUACCUGUACUUCCCGGGAUCUGUGUUCAUCAGCUGUCCCAGCAGGCUGUGUCCUACCAGUGGGUGGAAAUUUUGAGAUGUUGAUGCAUUACUACCUCCUCAACCAUGCCAAACAGUGCCGACAAUCAGACGAGUCUGUUAUCAGCAUAUUAAUAGCUGAUGCUCUUUUAGGCAUCCCAAAAAUCCUUUAUAGGGCUAAGAAGGGGAAGGACAGUUUCCCACACGUAUACAUGCAGUCUCUUCAUGCACUGCAAACCAGUCAACUUAUGGGAAGUGGUCAGUCAGGCUUCGAGUCAGUAGCUGGUAAGUACCAGUUACUAACUUCAGUUCUUCAGUGUUUGGUGAAAAUAUUAACCAUUGACUUAAUAAUCAACAUCAAGAGACAGCCUCAGAAAACUGGUGACCAAGAAUCAGAGGACGAACUUUAACACUCAGGUUUUUUUUUUUUUUUUUUUUUUUAAUUGCUCCGACUUUCAGUCUGGGGCCAGGGAGAUGGCUCAGUGGGCAAAGGCAUUUAAUGCUAAACCUGACUACUCAGCAUUGAAGGAGAGGAUGAAGUCCUGAGCUGUGCCCUCUGUUCUACACACAUGUUCGCAGACAAACACUAAAACAAAUUUUAUUCAGCUCAAGCUAAAUAUUAAAAUAGGCUUCUGGCUGACUGAAGUUAAUCCAGUCCUUAAGUGCAUUGAGUCCACCAGACCAUUCAGACACAGUAUCAGCUCUGUGGGACAAAACCUGACUAAAUAUGUUUCCUUCCUGUGCUAGUCUGUAUCUAAGGGAGCUUGUCUUUAUAGUUCCUUUUUUUUUGUAUCUUUUUCCACUUCAUUUCCUUGAACUUUCUGUAUGUCAUAGUCAUGUAAUCUCCCGACUUGAACGAGGUCUUCAGAUGCCAUCUUACAUUGUUUAUGAACAUGAAUAUAAAAUGUUCUCUUUCAUUUAAAAUGCUUUCGGUAGGCCAAAUAUGUAAAGCAGUAAAUAAAAGUCAAAUUUUCCAAAUUUAAA